UACGCCGACUUUCCUCUAUAAAUAUAACCCAUCAGUCAUCACUCCAAACUCGCCUCCUGCGUACACUGCCUCGGAGCAUUUGGUUGAAUCGCGCCUUUGAGAACCAUGGCAUCACACAUUGUCGGUUACCCCCGAAUGGGCCCGAAAAGAGAGCUGAAGUUUGCUCUCGAAUCUUUCUGGGAUGGAAAGAGCAGCGCCGAGGAUUUGGAGAAGGUAUCGGUUGACCUCAGGGCAUCGAUUUGGAAGCAGAUGUCAGGUGCCGGGAUUAAGUACAUUCCCAGCAACACGUUCUCGCACUAUGAUCAGGUGCUCGAUACGACUGCCAUGCUCGGUGCCGUUCCACCGAGGUACAAUUGGACAGGUGGGGAGAUUGGUCUUUCCACUUACUUUUCGAUGGCUAGAGGAAAUGCUUCUGUCCCUGCCAUGGAAAUGACCAAGUGGUUCGACACAAACUACCACUUUAUUGUCCCUGAAUUGGGGCCUGAUGUGAAGUUCUCGUAUGCUUCCCACAAAGCAGUGAAUGAAUUCAAAGAAGCUAAAGCGCUUGGCAUCGAUACAGUUCCAGUACUUAUCGGCCCCGUUACUUAUUUGUUGCUCUCUAAACCUGCCAAGGGUGUCGAGAAAACUUUCCCUCUUCUUUCCCUUCUCGACAAGAUUCUUCCAAUCUACAAGGAAGUUAUCGCCGAGCUGAAGGCGGCAGGCGCUUCAUGGAUUCAGUUUGACGAGCCGACCCUCGUUUUGGAUCUCGAAUCCCACCAGUUGGAAGCGUUCACCAAGGCUUAUGCUGAGCUGGAAUCGUCGCUUUCUGGCCUUAAUGUCCUGAUUGUGACGUAUUUCGCCGAUGUACCAGCACCCGCAUUCAAAAUCCUUACCUCCCUGAGCGGUGUUUCUGGCUACGGUUUUGAUUUGGUUCGCGGCACAAAGACGCUCGAUUUGAUCAAGGAUGGAUUUCCUUCUGGAAAAUACCUCUUUGCUGGCGUUGUCGACGGGAGGAACAUCUGGGCUAGUGAUCUGGACGCUUCUCUACGAACUCUGCAGUCUCUUGAAGCCAUAGUAGGAAAGGAUAAACUUGUUGUCUCUACAUCCUGCUCACUGCUCCACACUGCCGUUGAUCUGGAAAACGAGCCUAAGUUGGACCAAGAAAUCAAAUCAUGGCUUGCAUUUGCCGCACAAAAGGUUGUCGAAGUAAAUGCUCUUGCCAAGGCAUUGGCCGGUGAGAAAGAUAAGGCAUACUUCUCUGCCAACGCCGCAGCUCAAUCCUCUCGGAAAUCCUCUCCCAGGGUGACCAAUGCAGCUGUACAGAAGUCGGCUGCUGCUUUGAAGGGCUCCGAUCAUCGCCGUGCUACGAAUGUCAGCGCCAGACUCGAUGCUCAGCAGAAGAAGCUUAACCUUCCCAUUCUCCCGACUACCACCAUCGGCUCCUUCCCUCAGACCAUAGAACUCAGACGAGUCCGCCGCGAGUACAAGGCCAAUAAGAUUUCCGAGGAGGAGUACAUAAAGUCUAUCAAGGAAGAAAUCAACAAAGUCGUCAAGCUUCAAGAAGAUCUCGACAUUGAUGUUCUUGUACACGGAGAGCCGGAGAGAAAUGAUAUGGUGGAGUAUUUCGGAGAACAACUAUCCGGUUUCGCCUUCACUGCGAACGGAUGGGUGCAAUCUUACGGAUCUCGUUGUGUGAAGCCGCCGAUCAUUUAUGGGGACGUGAGCCGCCCCAAGCCCAUGACCGUCUUCUGGUCGACUGCUGCUCAAAGCAUGACCAAGCGCCCCAUGAAAGGGAUGCUUACCGGCCCCGUCACCAUUCUCAACUGGUCUUUCGUCCGAAACGACCAACCGAGGUUCGAAACGUGCUAUCAAAUAGCGUUGGCCAUAAAAGACGAAGUCGAGGAUCUUGAGAAGGCGGGAAUCACCGUAAUCCAAAUCGACGAAGCGGCGCUGCGAGAAGGGCUGCCGCUGAGGAAAGCCGAGCACGCAUUCUACCUAGACUGGGCCGUACACUCGUUCCGAAUCACCAACUGUGGCGUGCAAGACACCACUCAGAUCCACACGCACAUGUGCUACUCCAACUUCAACGACAUAAUCCACUCGAUAAUCAACAUGGACGCGGACGUGAUAACGAUCGAGAACUCGCGGUCGGACGAGAAGCUCCUGUCGGUGUUCCGGGAGGGGGUGAAGUACGGGGCGGGGAUUGGGCCGGGGGUGUACGAUAUCCACUCGCCGAGAAUCCCGUCGGUGGAGGAGAUUGCGGAGAGGAUCGGGAAGAUGCUGGCGGUGCUGGAGUCGAACGUGUUGUGGGUGAAUCCCGACUGCGGGCUGAAGACGAGGAAGUAUACGGAGGUGAAGCCGGCGCUGGAGAACGUGGUCUCGGCGGCUAAGCAAAUCCGGGCGCAGCUGGGAAGCGCCAAAUGAAAUGAAAUUAUCACAAGGUACUACUACACCUGACCUGUUUGUUACCAAUAUAAUAUAUAUAUAUAUAUAUUUUUUAUGUUAUGUUAUGGGUGUGUGGUUUUGAUGAUUUGAUUUGAUUUGAUUAGAUUAGAUAUACAGAGUUUUGGUUUGUUGCUUUUUGUCAAUUGUGAUCCUAAAAAUCCUCUCUUCGAUUUGGGGGUGCUGUGGUUUAUGUGUUAGACUCUGUUGGUUUGUUUGUU